AGAGAGGAGCGAUCGACCUGAGAGUUUAAACAAACCAGAGGGCGCCGGCAGCGCAGAGCUCUCACACACACUCGGCUCACACACACUCACACACACUCCGCUCACACACACUCACACACACUCCGCUCACACACACAUUCAUACAGCUGUUCUGGGCGCUUUGAGGGAGAAGCUCUGCAGCCGGAGAGCGAAGCCGAGAAAGAGUGAGACAUCUGUACCCGAAGAGCUCAUUGACAGCUGGAGCUGAAGGUCUAGGGGUAAAACAGACCCGACCUUUCACCUCCCGACCCCCGUCGGAGGAUCUCGUCUGGCCCGUGCUUUGCAGAAGGCCACCGGUGGCUGAACUCGCCCCCCCCCACCCCCCCGAUGGAAGCCCCGACCCUGGCUGAGAUGGGAGACCCGUGUCACCCGCACUCUUGCUCCCCGGAGGGGGAGACGGUGUGCGCGGCGUUGGCCCGCUACGAGAACACCUUCCGGGACGCCAUCCGGGAGAUCCACGUGGACGUCAGCGCUUUCAAGCUGGGCGUGGAGCGCCGUCUGGAGGAGGCGGCCGGCCUGAGCGGGCCCCUCGGGCGAGCCGUGGCUCAGCUGCAGCAGGAGAACCGGCAGCUCCGGGGUCAGCUGGAGGCUCUCACCCUGCAGGUGGAGCUCCUGAGUGGGAUGGCGUGUGACAGGAGCGCCUUGCUCAACAACAACAACAACAACAACAGCAGCAGCAGCCACCACGGUCAGAAUCACAAGAAUCACCUCAGCGACAUUCAGGAGAUACGAGAGGUGAUCUACGGUAAAGGUGAGGCUCUCCUCCACAUCCAGUCCUGCAGCCUGGGGGGCCAAUCCCAGACCUACGGUGGCCUCGGGAGCCAGACCGGUCCCGCAUCCCCACCGGUCUCCUUCUCGUCCCCCCCGAGCUCCAGCAGUCCUCCCGUGGGCUCCAGGGUCUCCUCCGUGGUGACGGGCCCGGUGUCGAGCAGCAGCCCCUCCGCUGCUCGCUUCUCCAGCCGAGCCACGUUCGCCGUGUCCAGCAAGACUAACAGUAUUGAGCGAGAGGAGCCAAUAGAGGUGGACCCCGCCCCGACGCACGCCGGCCUGGAGAACGGACACGCCGCCACCGCAGAACAUUCUGAGUCGGUCCACGGGAAGACGUCUCCGCCCAAUGACUUCCCACACCAGCACACAGCCCCCGUCGCCAUGAGGAUGCCCCACCUCCCCAUCACCGCGACGACCAAGACGGCGGAAAUGAAGGGCCCCGACUCUCCCGGCGGUUCUCGUUCCUCGCCGGUCUCCGAGGCCUCAGCUCCAGGCACCAACCAGACCCAACCGAUCGAGGAGUCUCCGAUCCAACCAGUAUCUUCCACGUGGGCACCGACACCCAUCAGAGCUCUGGGAUCCCCUCGGCUUCAAGAGAAAGCUCACUCGGCCCCGGCUAAGUCCGUGACCUACUCGGGGCUUUUGCAGCACGACAGAGACGGCGACAGAUCCUUCGGCCAGGUCGUGGAGAGGAGGCGGGAGCUGGUGAGGUCGCAGACGCUGCCGCGGAACAUCGGCGCUCAGGCUCGCCGAUCCAUCUUCGAGAGGCUGGACUCCGAAGCCGGCAACAGUCGCCCCAAGCCGGUGGACUCCAAACCCACACUGAAGCGCUCCCAGAGUUUCGGGGUGUCCAGCGCCAGCAGCAUCAAACAGAUCCUUCUCGAGUGGUGCCGCUCCAAGACCAUCGGCUACCAGUACACGGAGCUGCAGAACUUCUCGUCCAGCUGGAGCGACGGCAUGGCGUUCUGCGCCCUGGUGCACUCCUUCUUCCCCUCGGAGUUCGACUACAACUCGCUGUCGCCGGCCGACCGCCAGCACAACUUUGAGCUGGCCUUCGGGACCGCAGAAGUGAAGGCCGGCUGCGACCGGCUCAUCGAGGUGGAGGACAUGAUGAUCAUGGGCCGUAAGCCGGACCCCAUGUGCGUCUUCACCUACGUCCAAUCGCUCUACAACCACCUGCGCAAGUUCGAGUGAAGAAGCAUCUUCAUCCUCCUCUUCUUCACUUUGAAUCAGACUUUUUGGGGCCGGAUUGGAGCUCCAGAAGAGGCGCAUGAGCUUUUGUCAAAGACCACACCGCCCCCUGGUGGCGGACUAGUGAACGUGCCACACACACGCUGCAGGAGGAGCGCUGGCGGGCUCAGGACUCUGCCUGCUGAUGCGAUGAAGAAGAUGAGUUUACACACACACACACACACACACACACACACACGUCCGGGUUGUGUGUCUUUCUGUGUGUAGUUGAGAUAAGUGUGCGACAGCCGCUGUGUUGCACACGUCUUUAUUCUCACGUGCUUGAAGGUGUGUGUUGCAACGAAAGGAGAGGAAGUGUGUGAGUGUUUGAGAUGAAGGUGAAUAAAAUGAUUUAUGUGUGUUGAUGAUGAUAUUCACAUCCACAGAUGCUGUGAUUUUGGGGUUUUAUUUUAGAUGACGUUGAGAU